AUGGUUGAUAAGGUAAAGAAGACACGUUCAAAGAAGGAACCAGUUCGCUUAUAUACUCGUGCUGUGUUUUUGGGAUACAAGAGGUCCAAGGUUAACCAGGAUCAAAAGUCAAGUCUCCUAAGAUUGGAGGGUGUCAAUACUCGUGAAGAAACAUCCUUUUAUCUUGGUAAGAGAGUUGCCUACGUAUACAAAGCUAAAACUGUAAAGAAUGGAAAGAACCACAGAGUAGUUUGGGGAAAGGUGACAAGGCCACAUGGAAACGGAGGCGUGGUUAGAGCUAAAUUUAAGAAAAACCUCCCUCCGAAGGCUAUGGGACACAGAGUAAGAGUGUUCUUAUAUCCUUCAAAUGUAUAA